AUGGUCCCCUGGCUAAACUUGGUGCCCUUAUUUGUAGUCCUCCAAGGGGCUCAGACUGAGGUCCAGUUGGUGGAGUCCGGAGGGGGUGUGAGAAGGCCUGGAGAGUCCCUCCGUCUCUCCUGCCAAGCCUCCGGCUUCCCCUUGAGCAGCUAUGGAAUGAACUGGGUGAAACAGGCUGGUUUCACCUUCAGCAGCUACCACAUGGGCUGGGUGAGACAGGCUCCAGGGAAAGGACUAGAAUGGGCUGCAAGAACUGGGUCAUCUGACACUUACUACUCGGACAAAGUCAAGGGACGCUUCACCAUCUCCAGGGACAACUCCAAAAGCCAACUCUAUCUGCAAAUGAACUGCCUGAAGCCGGAGGACUCGGCAGUCUAUUACUGUGCUACUCCCACCAACACAAAGUUUGUGCAGUCUCCCAAACGCUCACUUGUCAAUUCCCCUCCAUUUAUUCAAGGGAGCAAAAUGAUCCUCUGGGUAAACUUUGUGUCCUUACUAGCAGUGCUCAGAGGUGUCCAGUCAGAGGGCCAGUUGGUGGAGUCUGGAGGGGACCUGAGAAGGCCUGGAGAAUCCCUCCAUCUCUCCUGCCAAGCCUCCGGAUUCACAUUCAGCAGCUACUGGAUGGACUGGGUGAGGCAGGCUCCAGGAAAAGGCCUGGAAUGGGUGGCCCACAUAACUACAGACUCAUCUAGCACUUACUACUUGGAUAAAGUCAAGGGACGCUUCACCAUCUCCAGGGACAACUCCAAAAGCCAACUCUAUCUGCAAAUGGACAGCCUGAAGCCGGAGGACUCGGCAGUCUAUUACUGUGCGGGAGACACAGUGAGAGGAAGUGAGUCUGAAGCCUGGCAAAAACCUUCCCUUCCUCUGAGCAGCCCUGCAAGUUCCUUCCAUCUCAGGAGGUUGAAUUUGUGUAAUUGGAAUGAGAAGCAGCAGAUGAAUCUCCAUCUUAGCAAGUGGGAAUAUAGGCCUGACCUUAGCAUUUUCACUGUGGAACCUGGUUAG